AUGCCCCAGGUUUUCCUCAGCACCAGGAGAGGGUCUUGGAUCCUGAAUCGUGUAGCAGACUAUGGAUAUCCUUUUGAUGUGUUAUUCUCUUCUCGAUAUAAACAUUUUCUUUCGAAGAUUUGUGGUCAAUCAUUAGUAAACAGUUUUUUGGAGAAAAAGAUGAACCAAAGGUUUGACCACGAGAUGUUUGGCCUAAAGCCUAAACACAGAGCUCUGAGUCAACAUCCAACGCUGAAUGAUGACCUGCCAAAUCGUAUAAUAUCUGGCUUGGUGAAGGUGAAAGGCAACGUGAAGGAAUUCACAGAAACGGCUGCCAUAUUUGAAGAUGGCUCCAGGGAGGACAACAUGGAUGCUGUCAUCUUUGCCACAGGCUAUACCUUCGCCUUCCCUUUUCUUGAAGAUUCUGUCCAAGUAGUCAAAAACAAGAUUUCCCUGUAUAAAAACGUCUUCCCUCCAAACCUGGAAAAGCCAACUCUUGCAAUCAUAGGCUUGAUCCAGCCCUCGGGUGCCAUUAUGCCCAUUUCAGAGCUGCAAGGACGCUGGGUCACUCAAGUAUUUAAAGGUUUGAAGAAUGUCCCAUGGCAGAAGGAUCUGAUUUGCUCAGUAUCACUUCCAAGGGUUGAACCAGAACCAAGGAGCCAUGGCUUUUGUCUUCUCUGCUUCAGGUAUGUGGAGAGCCAACGCCAUACCAUUCAGGUAGACUACAUAGAUACCAUGGAAGAGCUUGCUGAUCUGGUGGGCGUCAGGCCCAAUCUGCUGUCUCUGGCCUUCACUGACCCCAAAUUGGCAGUACAGCUAUUUUGGGGACCCUGCACUCCAAUCCAGUAUCGUCUUCAAGGCCCUGGAAAAUGGGAUGGAGCCCGAAAAGCUAUCCUCACCACAGAAGAUCGUAUCAGGAAGCCAAUGAUGACUAGAGUGAUUGAAAGCAGUAAUUCCACGACUUCAGCAAUAACAAUGGCCAGGUUUAUGCUGGCUGUUGCUUUCUUUGCUGUACUUAUGACCUACCUUUAGCUGUCCCAUUUGUCAUUGCCCUAGUUUUCUUUGGAAAACUGGAUCUACAGAUGCCUUAAGAAUCUGAUGAGAUUGAACCACUCUCAGCUUCACAUUGCCCAGGAAUCUACUUUUAUUGCUUUUACCAAAGCAUUAAUCCUCGGUCCCCUUUUCCCUAGAGUGAGAUGCUAGCUUUUCAUUCAUAUUGAUUUCCCUCCCUUCCUUUUAUGACCCAUCACUUUUUCCUUUUAGUAUGCCCUGAACUGUGAGCUCAGGUAUUCUUUUAGCCAUCUUUGCUUGUCCUUAGCAGACUUCUUUACAUGUGGCAUGUGCUUAAUAAAUGUUUGUUUUCAUUUAUCAGAUAUUACGGUGGGGCGCAUAAGUCAAUAUCUGUAUAAGAAAUGGGUGACUCCAUGUAAUUCUGUAGCUGAUAGGAUAUGGUUU